AUGAAUCAAUUUCUGUCUAAUUCAUUUGAUUCUGUUGAUGACCAUGUAGGAAUGAAUAGUAAAUCUUGCGAAAAUAACAGUCCUAAUUCAACUAACAAAGUUAUUUGUAAUACAAGCGUAACCAAUCAAACAAGUGGUUUUAAUGUAACAGUUAAUCAAAAUAAAUCAAUUAACUUGAAAAGAUCAUGUAAUUCAUUGAAAACAAUAUUUGAUCGAAGAAAACUUUCUACAUCAUUAUCUGAAACCAUUGAUAAUGAAGAAUGGAAUAAACAAUCACAUGAUGACGGUUCAUUAGCAGUAAUAUCAAGACCAGUGAGUAAUACAUCAUCUUAUAUAUCUUUUGAAAAUCUAUCAGGCAGUUACGCGUUGCCGUUGGCAUCCCUUGUCCCUGGUGAAAUGAUAGCAACUACAAUAUCUAAUAGAAUAUCUUCUGUAAAGAGUACAAAUGACAUGAAAAUGCGAAAUAAACCUAUAUCAACUGAUUUAUUAAACGCUAGAAGGAAACUGCAAAGACAAUGGGCUACAUGUAGUUCAUUGUGUAACAAUAAUAGUCCUAACAAUACUGCUCAUACUACUAACAAUCGAGGAUUAUAUGAUGCGAAUUCAAUAACUUCAAAUCGUAAGUCUGUAACAACUGAGAAAAAAUUUAAAUCUCGUUGGUUAUUUUUAUGGCGUCAGUCUUUUGAUCGUGGAAUCGAUUCUACAACAAAUUGGUCGAAUAAAACCAGAGUUGACACACGAAGAAAAUUAUUCCGAAAGCUUGGAUAUAAAUCUGCUAACGAAAUGUAUCUAUCGGAAAAUACCUCAUCAAUCAGUGAAUCCAAUGGAUACAUAAAUAAUGCCGGAAGAUUUCGUUCGGAAGUUAGUGUUGUUUCGAGUAGAAAAGUGACAGAAUCUUCUCCUAGUUAUGCUAAUUCACUAUCAUUCGAUUUAUCUUUGAAAGAAAAAGAUUCACCAAGUUUAUCGUCAGAAAAUCGUCUUUGUUGUGGAAAUUUCGACAAUACUAAUGAUUAUGAUAAUGAUAGUGUUAAAUAUUCUGAUUGUCUAUUUAUAUCUGAAAAAUCCCAGUCAAAUGAAAGAGUGGUUGGACUUCAUCAAGGUGGAUCCAGUGAUACUCAGCUCAUGGAUCAUUUCAGGGAUAGAUCAUUAAGGACAACGACACAGUUACAACAAAACCAACGACAAUUACAACGUUCCUCAUAUGAGAUCGGAUUGAAUCAAAUACAUAGUCCUGAAAUGCCACCAGUUUCAACAAUGCAACAAUCACAGUCAUUUGGAACAGGUCGUAGUGUGACAAAUUUUGAUGAUGAAUACUUUAUGUUUGAUCAUGAUCCACAUUCAUUAUACAAUAAUAGUUCAGGAGUUAAUUUUAAAUCUACCACUACACCAUUGCAUUUGGAAAAUCCUGAACGUGAGACAAGAUGGUAUUUCAAAUAUUUUCUUGGAAAAUAUCAUCAAUUACAUUGUGGCUACCUCACUGAACGUGAUCCAUUUCUAUUGGCUGUUGCCAAAGAUGAUAUACAAACAUAUGGAAUUAGUCAAUAUCGUGCCAUUUUAUGGAGAAAAACAGGUAGUCAAAAAUUGUGCAUAUCAUAUAAUCCAACAAAUGCAUUGACCGCAAAAAAGGUAUUAAACUUUUUUGAUAUUCAUCGUGUAGAGAAAGGACCGCGUGAAAUAUUGAAUUUUGAAGCACAGAAAGAUGCACUCACCUUAGAAGAACAAGAAGGUUCAGUAAAUUUUAAGUUUGGCGUACUUUAUUGCAUUGAAGGUCAAACAUCAGAUCAAGAAAUGUAUAACAAUGAAACAGGCAGUGAACAAUUCGAGCGUUUUGUUGAUCUUCUCGGAGAAAGAAUUAACUUGAAAUCAUGGGAUCGAUUUAAAGGAGGUUUGGAUACAAAAUCGAAUACAACCGGUAUUGAUUCAGUAUAUACAAUUUAUGAAGGUCAUGAAAUAAUGUUUCAUGUAUCCACUUUAUUGCCAUAUUCUACAGAGAAUCGACAACAAAUUGAACGAAAACGCCAUGUUGGUAAUGAUAUUGUCAAUAUUAUAUUUGUUGAUGGAUGUCCACCUGGAGAACAACCAUCAUGGACUCCGUCUAUGAUGAGAACUCAUUUUACUCAUAUUUUCGCUGUUGUAACAUACGAUAAUGAAGCAAAAGUUUACAGACUUAAUAUAUUCGCUGAAGAAUCAGUUCCAUUUUUUGGACCACCACUUCAUAAUCCUCCAGAAUUUAAAAAUCCACAAGAAUUUCGUGAAUUUCUUUUAGUGAAAUUAAUUAACGGUGAAAAAGCUGCAUUCAGAUCACCAGUGUUUGCACAAAAACGUCAACGCACCUUAGAGAUGUUGUUGAAUACAAUAUGUAUUACUUAUACAAAUGAAGCAAAUAAUGGUGCAAUUUAUAGGCGAGCAUUCAGUGAUGUUGUAGUAGAUUCUUUCAAUGGAGUGACAACAAGUAAAGAACAAAGUCGUAAUGAUGCUUACAUCAGAUAUGGACAAAUGUUGAAGUUAAACACGAUAAUCAGAGGAGAUGCUCCAACUAGUUCCAUAACUAGUGGUCAAUCAAAAAAGAAUUUAUGGCAACCAAAAUUAAUAUACAAAUGCACUCAGUCAGAGAUUAUAUGUGGAGAUGUUUGGGGUGAACAAGUGAUUGUGAGUACUGAACAAGGAACCUUUGGUUUCAAAGAUCAUGAACCACCUGUUUUGUUAAUUGAUAAAAGUGUAGAAGUAAAACAAUUGGAAGUAGCCCAAUUCGAAUUAUUGAUAAUUCGUUAUGAUAAAGGUCGAGAAGGAAAAGUUGCUGUGAUUCAGUUGAAUUGUUUAACAUUUUCCACUAAACCAAUUGAUCGAUUACAAGUUAAAAAACUUAGUUUAGAGAAAACAAAAGGUGCUCAAUUGUUUACUGUUAGUAAAAGUCCUAGUCAUCCAUUAAGAUUAGCAGUUGCUGUCAAUCGAAGAAUUGUAAUUUUUCAAUGGCAUUUAUUUACUGGUCGAUCUUUGUCUUCAUGGAAUCAACUAGCACAACCAGAUCCAGUUGAAAAUUUUCAAUUAAUUAGAGAAGUUCAUAUGAUCGAUUCAAUACAAACUUUAAGUUUUAUUGAAGGCAUACCCGGUGGAAAAUUAUGCGUAGGAUAUAGAAAUCAAUUUAUUUUACUAGAUGAACGCAGUAAAGAAAUAACACAAUUAUUUCGUACUGAAGGUAGUCGAAAUCAAGUUGUCUCUGCAUUAGAAUUAUGGGCUGAUGAUGAACAUGAAUUAUUACUUUGCUUUACAAGAACGUGUCAUUUUCAAAAACUUUCUCUAACUACACCUGGUAUUAAUAGUCGUCGUCAACCUCUUUCUACCAGUAAUCCAAAUGAUUCAAGCUUCAAUUGGAAUAUUAAGUCAUCAACCGAGACGAGCACAAACAAAUCAUCACCGACAUUAUCUCAAAUACCAGGAUCUAGUUCACUAGAUUCACCAAGUUCAACCACAAGUGGAUCAUCAGUGGCUAGAAGUUGUUCUCCUGAACCAACAUUCAGCUCGACGAAUUUGAAUUUAACAUGUGAAGAAAAAGUGAAAACAAGUGAUUUUGAUUUUGCAUGGACAUUUGAACCACAACAAGUUGCUGUGUGCUUUCCAUACAUUUUUGGAUUUAAUCCAUCGGCAAUUGAAAUACGUUUAUUAAUUAAUGGAAGCCUAGUACACACAAUGCUUGUAACCGAUUGUCGAUUAAUUACUGUUAAGGGUGAUAUAUUUUUUACAUCGACUUCAGAAACACUAGAUUAUAAAACAAGUCCAACAAUAAAUAAUAAUACUGUUAGUGCAAGUAAUACUGGUAAUGAUAAUAUUACACAACAAAAUGAGAUCAAGUCUAUAUUAAAAGCAGUAGAUCAAUUAAAUUUAGACGAUAAUCACCAAAGUCACGACUCUUUAGUUUAUCCUGAAAAUUUUGAAACUCAGAAGAAUUCACUGGCAUCAUGUGAACAAGAUCAUAAUGAAUUACAAUCAAAUUUAACCUCUGCUUCAUACAGUAUAUCAUCGCCUCCAUAUUCCGGUAUUAAUUCACCAACAGGUGCUAAAAUAUUAACUUCUACCUCAUCAUUGGUUGUAUCAUCUGUAAACUCAACAAACACUGAUUUAAAUCAACCACAAACAAAUUUUAUUUAUAAAAUACCAAUUUACAGCUCGAGUAAACAAAUGAAUCAUAGUAAUAGUAAUAAUAAUAAUAAUAGUAAUAAUGAAAACCGAUAUUAA